AACUCUGUAGGCUUUUGAAAACAAAACCAGCUGAAAACAACUCGGCGCCGAAAUAGCCAUAAUAACGGUGUUAUCUCUGGAGUCUGGACUUUACAUGAUGUAAGUUAACUCAUCACAUGGUGAAUGAGCAGAUAUAUAUGAAAAGUUGUAACUCCGGUUUUGGCCGAGGCUCAACGACAGACCCGACCGGCUGCCGCUGACCAUGGAGAUUAACAUGAAAGGAGACAGACAGAAUCCGUUGGCGUCUGCCAACCUGUUUUCAAGGGUCUUUAUGUGGUAAGUGGCAGCAUAUCGCAGCGGGGUGUUGAUAAGUGGGAACAAAUCGAUCCAGAUACAAACACGCUGCAUGUCUGCAUGUUGCGCAUUAGUCCACUUAUUAAACAAUGAAUACAUUUACUACAAGACUGUUCCCAAAUAAAUAGUUAAAUCAUCGCUUUUUUAUGCAUGACUUCUUGAAUUGCAACAACAACUGGAGUGCCAGUUCCUCUGAUACUCCAGUGUGAAGUGUGUGCGCAUUGGCUUUCCAAACAAGGAAAUGGUGAUUCCUCGAUUUCACUUUUGGAUUCAGUCUCCUAUCCACCCAGUCCAGUGCGCAACUCUUCAAUCAUGUAAUUUGAGCCAAAAAAUAUCCCCACAUCGCAGAUUUGUCUUGCCCCUUAAUCCGACAGUGCCAGGGACGCACAGACGCCAGGUACAACAUGUGCUGUUGGACACUCCAACACUUGGGAUUGCCUCCUGACAUGCCUCUGCAAAGACAGAGCCAGAUAAUCCUUUUAAUAGUUGCAAUUGGAAGUUAGAUUUAUGUGUGUUUAGAUGACCCUGAUAUAUCAAACUCUUGAUCUAAAUAUAGAAGUUGCAUCAAGCUUGAGUGUUUAUAUUGAGUCUUAUGUGGGCCAUGAGAGAUGUGAGCCUCAGUGUCAAGUUUGAUGCUUUAAAUGCACUCUGUGAUACUUGAAUCUCAUUAAGAUCUUGGAAUAACAUUUAAAGCUUGCCUUGGUCCUUUACAGUUAAAUAAACACAUUUUUUUCAUACAUUAUUCCUUCACUGUCCUCAAGGAGUUAAUGUUUUUCCUCCUGGACUAAUCAAGACUGUGACGAAGAUCAAAGUGUGAUCCAAUGAGAGAUUCUGUUAAUGAUUCCCCUCCAUUGUAGGCCAUCGGGUCACAAUCAGCAUGAGCUCUUACAGUCACAAUCAGGUCUCACGUGUUCAUGUCAGGAGAACCCCUCUGCUUCUUCAGUGUUACCUGCAACCUGCUGUGUUUUCACCCAAAUUCAAUUCAUGACCCAGUGACAUGAAUCCCAUGUUUUGGCAAGAUUAGCGCACUUGUUUUUAGUUUUGGUUUUUUGGCACUUGUUUCAGGGCAAAAAUUUCACACCAGACCAGAAAGGUGGAAUCCGGCUGAAGAUAAAAAUAGCUCUUAACCCAUUUGCAAGAUAAUGAAGGAAAAACCCCAAUUUAUUGGGCUAUAACUGCUCUACCAUCCCGCUACAGAACCGUUUUUUUAUGAGCUCUGUAAUGUUGAAGCUAAUUUUUGUAGAUGCAGAGAAUAACUUUACCAGCAGGAAGAAUGGGAAAUCAAAAUCUUGUGACCUAAACCUUUGUUUCCUGAGGAGGGAAAAGCGUCACGGCAGAUAAAGGUUGAGGUCAGCUGAAGAAAAUAUCUAUACUCCUGCCUUUUUUUUUCCUGACAGCUUUUUUCAUGGAUAAAAAGGUCGCUGGGUUCUGAGAGAGUGUGAAGAUUUUACUCUGGAAAAGUCAAUGCUGUGCUUUUUUAAAAUACCCCCACUUUCUUGUUUUUUCCAUGAAAGCAUAUCAACAAAAAUAACCUGAUAGAAAUCUGUAACCUGACAGUGUACAUCCUCGAACCUUAAAGCUCCUGUAAGCAGUUUUUGACUGUCUAUAAAAACAACCUGAAAUUUAUAGCAAUGCCUUUGCAUGACCCAUGAAUGAAUGUUUUGCUAAUGUUUUCCUUUUUGAAUUAAAAGGUUAUUAACAUGAAUUUCAGUCUCCUCACAGGAGCUUUAAUGUGAAUAUUUUGUGUAGAAACUGUAAAAAAAGGCUGUUUGCAUUGUUCCUAGUUAAAAAGACCAAGCUGAUUUUUCUUUUGUAACAUGAAAUGUGACAUUCAAAGAACGGUGACAUAAGACACCCUUUUACCCAGAAGUUACUCAACAUAACCCAAAGAAGCUCAUAUGUAAAAGAGUCACGGCAGAUAAAGGUUGAGGUCAGCUGAAGAAAAUAUCUAUACUCCUGCCUUUUUUUUUCCUGACAGCUUUUUUCAUGGAUAAAAAGGUCGCUGGGUUCUGAGAGAGUGUGAAGAUUUUACUCUGGAAAAGUCAAUGCUGUGCUUUUUUAAAAUACCCCCACUUUCUUGUUUUUUCCAUGAAAGCAUAUCAACAAAAAUAACCUGAUAGAAAUCUGUAACCUGAUACUGUACAUCCUCGAACCUUAAAGCUCCUGUAAGCAGUUUUUGACUGUCUAUAAAAACAACCUGAAAUUUAUAGCAAUGCCUUUGCAUGACCCAUGAAUGAAUGUUUUGCCAAUAUUUUCCUUUUUGAAUUAAAAGGUUAUUAACAUGAAUUUCAGUCUCCUCACAGGAGCUUUAAUGUGAAUAUUUUGUGUAGAAACUGUAAAAAAAGGCUGUUUGCAUUGUUCCUAGUUAAAAAGACCAAGCUGAUUUUUCUUUUGUAACAUGAAAUGUGACAUUCAAAGAGCGGUGACAUAAGACGCCCUUUUACCCAGAAGUUACUCAACAUAACCCAAAGAAGCUCAUAUGUAAAUGUUCGGGCACUGAAAUUACUUUGACAAACUUAAAGACCCCAGAACAGAAUCCUUAUAAUGUUUAACUGAGCUGAGAGAUGCGUCAUUUACAACCUGCAAUGUAAAACACUCACAAAUAAUAUCACACUUACAGUAACAGUUACAGUAGCACCUGUAAGGUGACCACGAUGAUGCCUAUUUGCUAAGUGUGUGAGUAAAACAUUAAAGUACUUUUAAGCAUUAAGCCAAACCGGUUCCUUACUAACCAAACUACAGCCUUUCAAAUAAACCACCUCCAAACUGAAUGGUACCAGCCCUGAUUCCUGAGGAGACACAAAAACCCUCAAAAGUUUGACAGAGAAGCCCCCCUCUUAGAAGUUAUUAUCUUGUCACACUCGCGCAAAUCUUCAUGGAACUUACAUUAUUUAUUACCGACCAUGGUUCGAGGAAAUAGAAGAUUCAAGAAACGGUUGAAGAUUACACCAUGAUGAACCGCAAGGCUCUGAAACUUUGAUCAAGCCAAUUUCAUCAAAAUGCCAAAGCACUAACAGUUUAAGGCUUCAAAGCUGUUUUUGUAGCAUUAGAGUUUACACUUAAUGUGCCCAUCUCAUAACCCUUAACCCUGCCAAGCUGGUUUAAAUGUUCCUUUGAGGCUUGCAUCUGAAAGAGGACAAAGACAAGAUACUCUCACAAACCCAAUGUGCACAAUUGCAGGGAGAGAUACCUAUACAUGCACAAACUGAGACGAAUAAACCUUAUAACUGGGGAAGGAAACCUCAGGAAAGAGUCGAAAUUGAGCAAAAUUAAUCUGAUUUGCUGAACAAAGUCUGACAGAAAAAAAAAAAACGGGGGGGGAGAAAAUGGAGCCUAGGAGAUGUUCUGUUACAUUACUCAAAUUAUCAGCUGAACUUCUGCACAUCAGAUUGAUGAUAUAUUGUAUAAUGAAAUAAUUAAGUAAGCAGGAAUGCGACCUGUUGAUCCACGCCAUGAACUGCCUGGACAUAAGUCAUGCUCUAUAUUCACUAGAUACAGGUUUAACAAAGAGGCAGCAAAGGCGUUCAGCACUGUCGUACCUCAUUACCAGGAUGAAAAUACUUAAUCCAGGAAUCAUAUUACUUUUCUGAUAAACUCUGAUUCCUAGAAGAUGUACCAUUUCUCCUGAGUCUUGUGCCAAAAUGAUAACUAAUUCGAAGGCUAAUCAGUUCAAGUCCCUGCACUAAAAAACACUUAACAUUACCAAACAAGCUAGAAGAGGCAGCACAGUCCAGGACAAGUUAUGAUAAAAUGAAAUAACUGAUGUGCUGGACAGUGUCUGAUCAGUAUGAAUUAUUUCUAAUUGAAUUAAUUUGUUUGUUUCAGCUGGUUAGGUCCAAUCCUCCGGCUUGGCUACAAUAAGAGACUGGAGGUAAACGACAUGUACAGCAUCCUUCAAGAAGAUAAGUCUGAAAAACUGGGAGAGGAAUUACAGAGGUACUGAAUCACUCCAAUGCUUUGUUAAUGCAUGCUCCCUGGGUCCUAACAAACACUCUGAUUUUCAGUCAUGUUACACAUUCAUUCACACAUACAUGCACAGGUUCAACUGAGGCCUUCGGAGCUAAAACAGUCCCUCACUGAUGAGGCACUGAACCAGGAAGUACCAGGGAUCAGUGAAAGCAAAUUCGAAACGAUAUCACUUGGCUCUGAAAGUUUGUGCUAGAUGAGUUAAAGGGAUAUUCUGGCGUCAAAUUACGUUAGGGUUAAACACACUGUAACACAUAGUUAGACACUCCCUCAAGAGAUGAAUGUUGCCGACCGCUUGCUUCUCUAGUUAUACCAACUUUAGUAACGACCGCACAAUAGCAAUACACAGCGGUCUGAGGAGCCAUAAACAAACCUCAACCAAAACGCCGCUCUAUAGCCACAAAUAAUGCUCAGAACAGCACCAGCCACAGCACUCGCCACCAAACAUCUUUUUAACUUUGCCUAAUUUCUUUAGCAAAGAGACUAAACACAACUCACCUACUCUCUUCCAGCAGCUGCUUGUUUGUAGCGAGACCUUGGGCCAGUCCAUCGAUUGCAGCGGGGUGACGCAGCUCAAGGAAGAACAUUUAUGAUUGUUUCUUCAUGGAAAUACAAUCAGACCGAGACGCUAAGGCAGAAGAACCGUGUCUGCGUGCAAAAUGAUUAAUAUGGUGAUUAAUACUUCAAGGAAAUGAUAAAGAAAUGAUCAUAAAUGUUCUUCCUUGAGCUGCAUCACCCCGCAGCAGUAAUGGACUCACUUAAGGUCUCUGUACAAACAAGCGGCUGCUGGAAAAGAGUAGGUGAGUUGUGUUUGGUCUCUUUGCUAAAGAAAUCAGGGAGAGUUAAAAAAAAGUUUGGUGGCUAGUGCUGUGCCUGCUGUUGUCCUGAGCAUUAUUUGUGGCUAUAGAGUGGUGUUUUGGUUGAGGUUUGUUUAUGGCUCCUGAGACCGAUGUGUAUUUCUAUCCCGCAGUCGUUACUAAAGUUGGUGUAACUAGAGAAGCAAGCAGUCAGCAAAAUUUAUCUCUCCAGGGGGUGUGUGACUCGGUGUUAUGGUGUGUUUGACACUAAAUGAAUUUUACGCCGGAAUAUCCCUUUAAGAUAGGGACCGUCAUCAAGCAUCCAAAAUCUGGAGGAGAUUUGAUAGUUAGUACUAUGUUACCCCACAAGGUGGUGCUGUCAUGAUAGCUGAAAAAUCUGCAUAUAGAAGUGUUCAGUGGGGGACCUUGAUCGUGAAUAUGAAGUUUUAAACUGAUUGAAUGUUGUAUGAAGGAGUUGAAGCCAGGUUUGAUGUGUGUGUGUGUGUUAACUUUAGGGUGCGGUUAGGCUGCCAAACAGAGACGGAACAAAUCGAAAGUUCUUUAGGGUUUCAAUCGGGUUCUCACACAGGCUCAUUUGCUUAACCCAGUUGUUCUUGCCCAGUGGCAGGGGUGACAAAGUUCAAUUGUUUAGUCAAAGCACACAUUCUUGGCACUCACUGCUGCAGACGGAUAACGCCCCAUGAGCUGCAGCCUUGGAGUAACUGUGAUUCAGUCGUCAUGCCGUCAGAGUCUGGCCCUUGUCAAAGUUGAUCACAGUCUUAUGCUUGCUCAGCGUUCCUGCCUCCUUUACAUCAACUCUAAGGAUAUUCACUUCACAUUUCAGUUGUUAAUAUGGUACAGCUCAUGGAUUUGAGUUGUUUUUAGUCUUUUUUUGUGACUGUUACAGAUUUCACUCUGAAAGCAAAAAAAACCCACAGAUAUCUAGAGCAAGAUUUGACAUCAGAGCGUCUCUAAAGGAGCUAAUUGCAUGUUUUAUGUUUCAGAUUUUGGGACAGUGAAGUCCGAAAAGCUACCAAAGAACUCCAAAAACCACAGCUUGCCAGAGCCCUCCUAAAGUGUUAUUGGAAAUCCUACUCAGGAGCGGGGUUGUUUGUGUUACCACUGGUAUGUUCACCUUCUUGUGUUUUCCAAGAAAUGUUAAGUAGCCAGUCGAAGCCAACCUGAUCUAAUCGGUUUUUGAUUUGACCCACAUUCUGUUUGAUUAACACGUUUUCCCCGGUCAUUUUUGAUCAUAAAGGAAGCGAUUAAAGUCAUCCAGCCCUUCCUGCUGUGGAAAAUAAUCCAGUACUUUGAGAACUAUGACCCUGAUGACCAAACAAGUCUGUAUAUGGUGUACGGCUACGCUGCUGCAAUGUCCGUCUCCGCCUUUGGACUCACCUUCCUCCAGCACCUGUACUACUACCACGUCCAGAGGACAGGCAUGAAGAUCAGAGUGGCUUUGUGUCACAUGAUCUACAAGAAGGUUAGUAGGUGUUUGCAGCCCAGAUGCUGAUUCUCUUUUAGAGUUUUUGUUGUACUAACCAGACAGGGGCGUAUAUCUUGGCAGGCUCUCAGCCUCAGCAACGAAUCAUUGGGGAGAACAACCACAGGGCAGAUCGUCAACCUUCUAUCCAAUGAUGUCAAUCGUUUCGAUGAGGUAAGAAAAUCGUCAAACUGUAAGUUCCGAGUUUUUUGUUCAUGUCAAACUUUUCGUCAACACCUACUGUGCUCACGGUCAAACUGUCUGUGCAGAUUCCAAUCAACCUGCACUAUCUGUGGGUGGGCCCUCUUCAAGCUGUGGUGAUCAUCGUAUACCUUUGGUACGAGAUCGGCCCCUCAUGCCUGGCUGGUAUGACAGCCAUCGUCCUCAUGCUGCCUUUGCAGACCUGGUUUGGGAAGCUCUUCGGGAUCUUCAGGUAAGGAACAAGACAAGGAAACAGACGAGACAAUCCAUUUGUUUGAGGCAAAAAAAACAACAAAUCAACCUUAUUGUCAUUUUGCAGGAGCAAGACAGCAGUGCUUACUGACAACAGAAUCCGUAUCAUGAACGAAGUGGUGUCGGGCAUCAGGAUCAUCAAGAUGUACGCAUGGGAGAAACCCUUCUCUGCUCUGGUGACUGAGGUCAGACGGUAAGGAUGAAAGACUCAGAGGCAGCUGAUGUGUGUGUUUCCUCUGUUCAAAUGCACAUUCGUUGUCAGGAUCUAUUUCACUCGCUCUCUGAUAUUCCCUUAGGAUCUGGCAGGUAAAGGAUGGUCUAGGGAUUACAAAAUGGAAACAUGGUGUUGAUCAGAGGAGAGCAGAAGUCUGUUCAGUUUCACUUUUCUCAGAUUGGGCAGAUGUAAUGGCGACUUUCUUAUUCCUUUUUGGACAUAGAUUCCUCUUACAGAUUGGAUUUCAACAAUGUUUGAACACUGUUAUAAGGCGCUAAUGCCUUACUCUGCUCGGCCGGCCUCAACAGAGUUGUAAUUUACUGUGUAUUUGGUUCCACCGUUGUAACUGGUUACACAACUCGACUGAAACGAAGCCAGUGCCACGCCACAAAUUCCUCAUAUAUUCUCACACCGUGGAAAAAUGAACCAGUUGAUUUAUUGGUGGCAGGUCAGAUCCUUAGGCAGCAUUUGAUAGAAAAUGAACAACCCUAGUUCCAUUUAGAAGUACAGGUGCUGUGUAAUUUCUAGUCGUUUAAUCCCGUGUUUUAUUAGAAAUACUGCAAGGAUGAUUUCAAAAAUGGUGAAACUAACUAGUUGUACUGUUUAAAGAAAUAUUUGCUCAGUUUAAUUUGAAAAAAAAUGGGGAAGGGAGAAGAAAACACCGACAAGCUUGUGCGCUUAAAAUUAAAAAUAGAUUUGACUGCUUAAGGCGGCGGGAUUCGAUUCUUUAGUCAGGAGAUGCUGUUUAAGCAUGUGGAGGACAAGACAAAGACUCAGAGAGGCUUUGAUACAUGUGGUAGGGAAGUAUUUUAAGCAGAAGAGAGUCAGGGAAUAUGAGGGGUAGACAGCAGGAGAAGACAUGAAGCACAGGGUUGUGGCUGGAGACCGGACCAGCAACUGCUACAACAAAGACUAGAGCCUCUCUAGACAUAGUCAUGGACACCCUCGCAUUUCUCAGUUUUAGUAUUUCUUGUUUUCCUUUUAAAACCUGGGUCUGUCCUAGGUCCGCUGUUGUUUUCACCGUACGUGGCACCACUGGGUUGUUACUUUUUAUUGUUUUCGUUCAACACUGUAUAACAUCUUCCUCCAAAUCACGUAGCCCUUUCUAGGAAAAUCAGUGCAAUGGAAACUUCUCUGAAAGAGUCAGUAAGUCAUUUCAGCGUGGUCAGACAAAGAGUUAACCUUUAAAGAUAUUAACCUUUUACCACUUUUACAGCCUCAAGAGACUGGCGAGUGUUGUGUAAAUAAACAACAGAUGAAGGGAGGAUGGGGUUUUAUUACUUUAUCUUUGACAGUUGAGAGCUAAGGACUUCAUCUUUAUCUCCUGAACAAACCAGAACACAAUGAAUCUUCUUCACUGGCUGUUAACUGUGUGGACUUUGUCAGGAGUUGCCUGAGAACACUUUGUGGUAUGUACUGUGAAAGAAGGUCAAGGAGAUUUAGAUUACACUCAGCAGAACAUGUAUGUUUACGGAUGCCUUUGCACUCUCAGGGACACACGCUUACAUUUUUACACACACACAUAGGAGUUGGAGGAAACUCAGAGCUCAGGGCUGAUUUUGUUCAAUCAAAUGUGAUUUUAACUUUUUGUAGCAAUUAAACAUGUUUAGUGUUUUUAAUUUUGCAACACUAAGUAAAAUUAGCAGAGAAAGUAUAUGGUAGGUUUGGUGGAUAAGUAGAGCAAAGCUGUGAAAACAGAUGCUAAAUUCAAGGGAAGUGUUGUCAAGGGAUUGGAUUUGAAGGUUAUUUCAAGCGAAUUACAGAGUUAACUACAAGUCCAACUGACCAGCUAGAUAGAAAUCUCAUUUGAGACCUGGUAUGAAACCCUGAUUGGUACGUUUGGCUAAAAAGGAGAUGUGAACAAUUAUAUUAGUCGCAAUAAUAACGUUUACUUCUGAAAGACUGAAUGCUCUCAGCUGGUGGAAGCAGGUUAAGAAGUAUCUCCUAACUUUUCAUUUUUAAUACUUUACAAUUUAUGUUACAAUUUAUGUCAUGUAUUAAAUGAUGAAUAAUAAUUAAAGUUCAUAAUUGGAAUUCCAAUUAAGUCCUUGCACCACGUUGGUGCUGUUUAAAGUAGAGAAGGUGUCUGCCUCCCAAAACCUGACUGGGAGAUGAUUACAAAGGAGAGGGGCCCAUAAUGAAGGCUCUACCUCCGAUACUACUUGUAGAUCACAGAUAAAACCCUAACUGACAGUAGACCUCAGUAUGAUAUUGUGUAAGGACAUAUUGAUGUCCAUAAGUCUGGGGUUUUGGUCCAGUUAUUUUUAGUUUGGGCGUGUGCUUUUAUAACCAGCUGGGAGUAGUCUUGGUCCAUUAUUAUGAUUGAACAUAAUGCUUUUUAUGAAACAGUAUGAAAGAUGACAGCUUUACUGUCCACAGGUAUUGAGUUUCGAAAUUUAAUGAGGCCACUCUCUGCAUGUAUGUUGACUUAAGCCAGUACAGCAUUGAACCACAUCUGGUUCUGGGAUUGAGGAGACCCUAUUGUUGAACAAAUUUAAAGACCUGCGAUUGGAUUUCCAGGCGUGGGGAACCCUUAACCUCUAUAAACCCUGCUUGUACAACAUUAGGUGAAAGAUAUAUCUAAUGUUGUACUGUAACCCCCUGUCCUUCUGCGAUAAAAAGUCCCAGCUUUGUUGGAGCUUGAGUAGAGGUCUGUGGACAUGUCCAGAAUUUCACCCCUUGCUUAAGAAUAACUCCUAUCAUAAUGUGGAGAGAGCAUACCAGAACAGAGCCAGCCUUGUUUACCAGUUUCAGUUUCUUCCUGCCCGCAGACAUGAUGCUGCUGCUCAAUACUUUAGCCAUGCAGGCAGAUAUGCUAGUUAAGCUAGUAGCAUGAUGGGUGCAGUCUCUCUAAUCAUAGAGCUGAGUGUCAUCUGUAUAACAGUCAAAGUCUACACCAUGUCCAUGCAGGAUUUGACUUGGGGAGAGCAUUCAUAAAGUGAAUAAAAGGGGACCCAGCAUAGAUCCCUGGGGUACCCCACAUAAGAGAAUAGCACAAUAGGAGGAGUGAUGCAACCUUUUGGAGAAAACACACAAGGCGGUCGGAUUCGAUUCUUUAGUCAGGAGAUGCUGUUUAAGCAUGUGGAGGACAAGACAAAGACUGCUUUGUCUACAGGGACACCAAAGUUAACAUACAAAGUUCUCAGAGAGGCUUUGAUACAUGUGGUAGGGAAGUAUUUUAAGCAGAAGAGAGUCAGGGAAUAUGAGGGGUAGACAGCAGGAGAAGACAUGAAGCAUAGGGUUGUGGCUGGAGACCGGACCAGCAACUGCUACAACAAAGACUAGAGCCUCUCUAGACAUAGUCAUGGACACCCUCGCAUUUCUCAGUUUUAGUAUUUCUUGUUUUCCUUUUAAAACCUAGGUCUGUCCUAGGUCCGCUGUUGUUUUCACCGUACGUGGCACCACUGGGUUGUUACUUUUUAUUGUUUUCGUUCAACACUAUAUAACAUCUUCCUCCAAAUCAUGUAGCCCUUUCUAGGAAAAUCAGUGCAAUGGAAACUUCUCUGAAAGAGUCAGUAAGUCAUUUCAGUGUGGUCAGACAAAGAGUUAACCUUUAAAGAUAUUAACCUUUUACCACUUUUACAGCCUCAAGAGACCGGCGAGUGUUGUGUAAAUAAACAACAGAUGAAGGGAGGAUGGGGUUUUAUUACUUUAUCUUUGACAGUUGAGAGCUAAGGACUUCAUCUUCAUCUUCUGAACAAACCAGAACACAAUGAAUCUUCCUCACUGGCUGUUAACUGUGUGGACUUUGUCAGGAGUUGCCUGAGAACACUUUGUGGUAUGCACUUUUGGAGAAAACAACAUUUUCCUCGUUGCUCACCAACAGCAUCUCAAACAAACAUGCUCAUGACAAUAAUUCGAUUCUUACUUAGUGCAUCUAAACUGCGACAAAGACAGCGGUCUAGUUAAAUCCCCCUAUCAAGCUGUAACCAUAGCUUGACUUAACUGUACAAGCUGUGAUCGGCAACCCCCAGUCUGCUCUGAUUUUGUGCGUGAUAAUGCAAAGGUAGACACUGAUUUGACAUUAGCAGGUGCAACCCAAUCCGGAUGGUUUAUUAUGCUGCUUCACCAGCAACAGCAGUCAUAAAUGUACACCGGGGCCAAGAAUGGGCAAUAAGACCCGAGUGAUGUCAAGUCUGUUCCCUUCAACUAAGUUUUCAAAUGGUGCCUCAAAGGGGGUUUCUGUAUCUUGCCCACUUAGUAUCAAGGAUAAACUGAAUACUUAAUGGGUUUAUUGUAAUCCUUAUCACACAUAAAGGUCUUAAUGAAUAAGGUUAUAUCGGAUGAGAUUUUCCCACCCAAUAGCUUCAGUUCUGACGUCGUACGGUCUCACUCUCGUAAACACGUUACUCCAAAAAAGAUUGGAUGGGAUGGCUUUGAGUUUGACCCUUUGGACUCAAAGAGGAACUUAACAGAUUUAACUGAUCAAAUGAAAAGGUCAUGUGUUUCUUGUUCUUUGAAAGGUAGCGUCCCGGCCAAGCCAGUAGGGGGAUUUGGUUCAUCUCAGUUCUCAGAAUCUGCCCCUUUUGUACCGGAUUGUUCUUGUACUGUGGCAAAGGUCAGCUUUCUCACAUAGUGUGAAGUUGGGAAAUAGUGUCUCUACCUGAACUUACCUGCUCAUUGGUUCCUGGAAAUACGGCUUCCAGUCAUCAUCCUUCAUUUCCAGGAAUGCAAAUUGUUCUGUGGGAAUCAGCGGUGGAUUUAAACUGCUGUUUGACUUGUUGGCAAAGACACAAAGCCUUUAGACAGCAAGUUCUUCUGGAUGCCCAGCUGAACAUUAAGCUUUGAGUUUUAAGCAUGCAUAAAGGAUUAACUGACUUGCAUUAGUAGUUAACGUUGUAGACAGUUUCCUCUCUGAUUGGACCUUUGAGGACUUAAGUAUGACAGCAAAGAAAGUUAUCCCUCUAUCUUGAUCUAUUAAAAAAAGUCGGCAAUAGGACUGUAAUUCUUUUCAAUUAUUCUGUAGUUUGGACUCAUUUAAGAAGAAGAGACAUGGUUUAUAGAUAAUGCUCUGAGGCUGGAAGGUAAUGACAAAAACCUAAGAUUUGGAGUCUUUCAGCUGCUGAAACAUCCAACUCUUGAUUUUAGUCAGACAGGACACCAUGUGUGGUGCCAGGUUUAAAAGGGGGAUAGAACUGAGUGUCAUCUGUAUAGCAGCCAAAGUCUUCACCAUGCUCUUGCAGGAUUUGGCCUAUGGAGAGCUUUUAUAAAGUAAAUAAAAGGGGACCCAACAUAGACCCCUGGGGUACCCCCAAAUAGGAGGAAUCAUGCAACCUCUUGGAGAAAAAAGUUGCUAAUCUCCUUUUUUAUUAUGUUUUUUUCUUUUUCCAGCAAAGAAAUCAGCCAGAUUUUGAAAAGCUCCUACCUACGAGGACUCAACAUGGCCACUUUCUUUGCUAGCAGCAAAGUCAUCGUCUUCUCUACCUUCACGGUUUACGUUCUCUUGGGCAACACCAUCACCGCGAGUGUUGUGUUUGUCACCGUGUCACUCUACGGCACGAUCAAGCUCACUGUCACCCUGUUUUUCCCACUGGCUGUGGAGAAGCUGUCAGAGACUGUGGUCAGCAUCUGCAGGAUCAAGGUAACAGCAGCUCUGUUUGUUAGUUUACGUAUAACCACCAACUUUACCCUCAGGUAAAAUUUUUGCAUUAACAACUCUGAAAACAUCUGAGAAAGUCAGAACGCUGCCGAGGAUUUCAUCUUGGGGAGGGGCGCCAUCAGUGCUGAGUAAAAAACACGUUUUUGAGCGUCUUAUGAAACCAACCAGACAACAUCUUUUUCAAGGAAGACCUUACAAGUUUCAGCAAGACAAUGCCAAACCACAUUCUGCAGUUUUAAUAACAGCAUGGCUCUAUAGUGGAAAAAGUCUAAAUCCUACAUGCCUGCAUGCUGGGUCUACGGCGCAGUUUCUGCCAAGAACAUGAAGUUCUGGAGAGCAGAUCUUGAGAUACCAAGGUCAGAGACUGUGGAGAGGGAGAGGUAGAGGUAGUCCUGUGCUUCUAGAGGCAUGGGGUCCCACAGGGAUCUGUCCUUAGUCAACUGUUGUUUACACUGUGCUGGCACCACUGGAUUAGAUACUGUGUUCUUUUACGCCAGUGGUUCUCAAGUCCGGUCCUCGAGCCCCCCCCGUCCUGCAUGUUUUGGAUGUUUCCCUGCUCCAACACACCUGAUUCAAAUGAUCAGCUCGUUAUUAAGCCAUUACAGAGCUUGAUAACGAGCUGAUCAUAUGAAUCAGGUGUGUUGAAGCAGGGAAACAUCCAAAACAUGCAGGACGAGGGGGCUUGAGGACUGGAUUUGAGAACCACUGUUUUACGCUGAUGAUUUACAGUUCUAUAUGCCAAUUUUCCUAGAGACCUGUCUUGCUGUCUUCAAACUUCCUGCUUGUCAACUCAGCCAAGACAUUUAAUCAUUAACUGUUUCCGUAAUUUACAUUUAACGCAACAUCCCAACUGUUAUGGAAAUGAGGUUUGUGUUGGUCGAAAUCCAAGACAUUUAUUACCACAGAAAUCUGACUCUCAGAAGAGAGUCACAUAACUUCAAAUUCAACGUGCACACUUUACAUCACAGACUCAUGUAUGAUCACGCCAACUGGGUGGAGACAGACAAAGUGGGUAAGAGCAGCUGAGAGAAACAAGGUUAGCAUCUAGUUUAUAUAAUAAACCUCACCAAACCUGUUGUGAAACUUCAUGUGCUUGAAAAGGAAAAUGGUUUGCUUUAUGAAAAAUUAAAUAAAAAAGGAAAGGAAUAGCAAGUCAGUGUUUUGUGAUUUUAGAAGUAAUGGUUCCAGUCAAAGUGGUCUGAAGAUAUUUUCAUAUAUUAACAUUUUUACAUAGAAGGAGGGAAAGAAAACUGCCUGCUUGGCAAAAGCAGAACAUGACCUGAGAUUUUAGCUUGGAGGUACCAUGUAAGGAACUGUACUUGUCCCUGCAGAAGUGACUGCAGAAAUACAUGCAAUAGUCGAUUUAAGGUGUGAAGACUUGUCUAUUAUUAACCCCCCUCUCAGACUUUCCUCCUCCUGGAAGAGGUGAAGAGAAGAAACUUGGAGUUACCUCUGGAGGAAAAAAAAGAGGCGUUCGUUGAGAUUGAGAAGCUGACCUGCUACUGGGAUAAAGUAAGAAUUAAAACCUUGAAGUGAUCAUUUGCUUCAGGGCUUAUUUGUAAAUUCUUAGACCGAAACAGACCAGUUUUUGAUUUCUGUGUUUUAAUCACACAUCUUGUUAAACUAAAGUACUGUUUCAUUGCUCCCCAAACUUUGUUUUUAUCCACUCUCUGUCAGAGUUUGGACGCUCCCUCUUUGCAGAAUGUCUCCAUCACACUAAAAUCACAUCAGCUCCUCACUAUCAUCGGCCCCGUUGGAGCGGGAAAGGUCAGUACGCCUGAGUGCUAAUGCCUGUUAGCACUUUAAGCUUCUGUCUGAAUGCAAACCAUCUUAAACAAACUUCAACCACUGAUACAGGAAAAAUUUCUGACUCCAUCAUGUACUGUGUACACACAUUGCUUAAAUGAACAACCCUGUUCCUGAACAGUCAUCCCUGUUGAGCGCCAUCCUGGGGGAGCUGCAAGCCGACACAGGGACGCUGAAGGUCAGAGGUCGGCUGACAUAUGCUGCCCAGCAGCCCUGGGUGUUCCCUGGAACUAUUCGUAGUAACAUCCUGUUUGGGAAAGAGCUCAACCAGAAGAAAUAUGAGAGGGUUAUCGAUGCCUGUGCGUUAAAGAAGGUGAGUCAAACAAAGUCCGAUCUUUGGGAGGCUGUAAACUCUGAGAUUUACUGAGGUUUCUUAAAAGUUCUUAUUUGUUUCUUUUAAUUACAAAAAAAACUAAAAGUGUGAAAAGUAAAAACAUCCAGAUGCAUGAAUAAAUUAACAUAACUGCAGACAUUUCACAGAAAUAUGACAAAAAAAGGCAAACCUCUAAACCCGUUGGCUGUUGUCUUAUAAAAGUAUACUCUUUGAAUGAUUGAAUGGUUUGUGGUCGACAGAUAUCAGUUUUUCAGGGACGAUACAGAUCAUAGUUAAUGAGACUGAUAACCAACAUUUCAAACUGAUAUCUGCUCACAGUAAAAACAAAAAAACUUCUCAUAUAAAAGAGAAUUUGUAAUAUUAUAAACUCCAACACACAGCUGUGCUUAAGAGUCCUUUGUAAUUUUUUGUGUUUUUGUUAUUGCAGCCUUGAUCGCACUUUAGAAAUCUUAACAGAGUCCAAACAGCCCUAUUUCAGUCACAGACUUCAGACUUUUUUUCCCCACAUCUGCAGUCUAAGCUUGAUUUAACUGGACUUGACUCACUUGAUAAUGCACUUAUAUGGUGUGUUUGAAGUUAAUCUCCACUGUGUUUGAGAGCAGGACAUGGAGCUGCUCCCAGACGGAGACCUGACGCUGAUCGGGGACAGAGGGGCGACACUCAGUGGGGGACAGAAAGCGCGGGUCAACCUGGCUAGGUGAGAGAAAAGCGAAAAAACACCACGAAGUGCAUAUUUUUGUUGUGUAGAUGCAGCAAUAUUUACAUUAUUCAACGCAUGCAAAUUGUAAUUUCAGGGCUGUGUAUCAGGAUGCAGACAUCUACCUCCUGGACGAUCCUCUGAGCGCUGUGGACGCAGAAGUUGGAAAACAUCUUUAUGAAAAGUGAGUGAGGUUGUAAAGUGUCACGAGACUCAGAUAUUUAUGGACUUGUUUUAAAAGAUAAAAGAGGGCCUCAAGGGAGAUCAGACUCAGACUCAGACUCAGACUUUUUAUUGUUGCUGUAUGAGGCAUACAACAAAAUUAAAAAAGACACAGAAAAUACAGAAUCACAGAAAUUAAAUCAGACUUUAAAAGCAGCCUCACCCUGGGUGGAGAUGCCUGAGUAAAACUUUCAGAUUGUAUCUUUCAUCUCAGUAUUGGGAGUACUCUGGCGCUGACGUGACAUAUGAGCUGCAGCCGUCUGAUCAUUUACUUUUUUAGACUCUUUCAUCUAAAAACAGAUGCCUGUUUAUGUUCCUCUGUGUUUUCUCUGAAUUCAAACCCUCCCGUUCAUGCUAGGGUCUGCUGUUGCGUGUUAAGAGUUCUUGUUCCAGCUGAGCAUGUGAAAUCCUGCUUUUUGUGCAGUCUAUUGUGCCCUGCAUUUAAAAUGUUCCACUUAUUCCUGAAAGACGCGAGCAGAGCACUGACUCUUGAUUCACACAGGUUUUUAUGUGUCUUUGCGUUUAUGUGUCAGGUGUAUCUGCGGUCUGCUGAAAAACAAGAUUCGAAUCGUUGUCACCCACCAGCUUCAGCACCUGAGGACAACAGACCAGAUUUUGGUCCUCAAGGAGGUGAGUGCCCCCACUCACAAGCCUUCACCUUGUCUGUAUCUCUAUGGGGUUCAGGCCAGAUGAAGUAGCUAGCCAGUCACACAGGUUUUUCUUCCUAUGUGUCUCCAGGGUCACAUCAUGGCUCAGGGCACGUACAGCGAGCUGCAGAGUUCCGGUGUGGACUUUGUGUCUCUGCUGAAGAGCGACGAGGAGCAGGAACACAACUCUCGGUCAGCUGACACCGACAGACUGUCGUUACGGAGCCACAGCUCUCUCACUUCCUACAACAGCCUCCUGCCAGCUGACAGCAACAAGAAGGACCAGAUUUCUGUAGGUACAUUUUCAAAAUAAAAUCUCAUCCUCCUGCCUAUCAAGUCUUUAUUUUAUGACAAUUUUUGAUGAAGCCCUCUUAUCUUAUAAUCAAAAUAAUGUUUAGCACUUAUCAAAACAGACGAUAUAAAAUACAGAUAGUAGCUGGAUAUAAGAAGGAUAAAUGAAACGAUAAAAACAGAAUAAAUGAAAUAAAUUGAGGCUGCUGUCAAAGUAACUCUGACGUUUCUUAAAUUUGUUUUUGCAUGAAGUGAGGGAAAACAAAAGGAGGACUGAAUUUUGAGGUUUUGUGGUGUUACUGUGCUCUACAGACAGAUACAGCUUUGUGUCAUCAACAUAACAAUUAAAUGAAAUAUUGUGUAUCUGUAUUGUGUGACCAAACCGCAGUAUGUAGUUAGAAAACAAAAGUGGACCCAAAGUUGUUCCCUGAGGUACACCACAGCGGUUCAGAGGAUUUAUUAUGUAUGAAGGUGUUGAUCAGCGGUGAUUUGAUUUGCAGAUUGAAGCCGUCGCCGCCCUGGCAGAGGAGACCAGAGUUGAUGGAAACGUUGGCGGACAUGUUUAUCGUAAAUAUUUCACUGCAGGCUGUAACAUUCUGGUGCUGUUUGUGAUUUUUCUGCUCAGUAUCACGGCUGAGGUAAGGCCUAGAAAUGUCCCACUGCUCACUCUCUUAUAUACUAUAUCAAUGUAUAAACACUGGAUAAAGACAUUAAAGAAAAAAGGAAAAGGUCCUUUCUUUCAACUCCGUUAUGGUGUGCUUACUUUUGUUUAUUUUCAUCCUGCAGUAUUUGACAUUUCAACUCCCAGUUUCUUUCCUUUUCCUUUUUCCUUUUAUUCCCCGAUUCCUUUUUUUCAAGGCUUGACCUCUGUCCUCAUUCUCAAAUUCCCUCCAGUUUUUUUCCUCCCUCUCUUUCUCUCUCUCCUUUUAAAUAGCUGUCUCGACCACCAAUCUGUAAAACUGUAUUUUUGUUCGAGUAAAAAGGACAUUGCCUGUGAGAAUUUUAUGACUGGAUCAUAUGUAAUCUUGACAUAUAAAAGUCUAAUCGUCAGGUUGGAAUAAUUUAUGUCUCAGAUGCAGCUGAAACAUUUUUUUAGUAAAAUGUGCAGCAAAACACUGAUUUGAUGAUUUACUAAUUUAUUACUUGAUGUUUUUUGUAACUUUCAAAUCUAGGCGACAUAUAUCGUGCAGGACUGGUGGCUAGUUUAUUGGUAAGUGUCCAAAACACGGGGCUGUGUUUUACUGAGGUGUCAGCAUGUCAUCACUUUGAUAUUUACACAUUUAAAGGGGUAUUCCGGUGUAAAAUCAGGUUAAAAUUACUGUUGAUGAAGUUUGGUGCUGUUCUGAGCAUUAUUUGUGGCUACAGAGUGGUGUUUUGGUUGAGUGUGUGGCUCUCUGUAAGAAAAAUGUUUUAAAGCGUCUGUGAGGAACAUUGAGUUUGUGUAAGGACUGUCCAAAAUCUCAUUCUAUUUUGUCCCUUUUGGAACACCAUAGUUAACUCACUGCAGUGUAGUCAGGGAGCAAUGGGGGUGAACGUGGUUUCGUCGGUUAAAGUUUUUUUUCUCAACUGAUUCUUGCUGCUGGGGGUCCCCUCUUAAGGAGUCAAGAGGGUGCCCAGUGAAAUCCCUGGAGCAUUUUUUGUUAUUAACCCCUUAAUGCCCAAAACACUAAAAAUUCACCCAAAAUAAACUUCUACGGUAUUUUUGCAUAAAAUGCCAUAAAACCCUAUUUUGUGUAUUUUUUUGUUUUUGUUUUGGGAAUUUAAGGGUUAAUGACUAAAAGAUGGUUGGCCUCAAAGGAUUAAUAUGCAUUCAUCCAAAAGGAAACAUGACCAGUUCCACUAUUAGAAUUUGUAGAAAGCAGAUCUAAUGCAUUUGAUUUGAUUUCUGUGCAUGUACAAUAUCACAGUUUAAAGAUUAUGUUGUUCUGGGCAGGAAGGGGUUAAUAUUAAAAAAUGCAUACAUAUAAAAUCUAAUGCACUGUAAACAUCUAUUUACAUGGAUACACACUGUAGAAAGCAAAUUUUAUGCAUUUAGAUCAGGUAUUUUGCAUGAAAUACCAUAGAAGUCUAUUUUGGGUGAAUUUUUAGUGUUUUGGGCAUUAAGGGGUUAAUAACAAAAAAUGCUCCAGGGAUUUCACUGGGCACCCUCUUGAAUCCUCAAGAGGGGACCCCCAGCAGCAAGAAUCAGUUGAGAAAAAAACUUUAACCGACAAAACCACGUUCAGCCAAAAAUCACCCUUUGGCUCCCGGACUAGUGUCUUCCUGCUUCCUGUUGUUGUUUUGAUGCAGAAUAACAACACCACUGCACUUCUGAAAGGCACAUUUUCACUUUGAAAACUCCCAGAUGACUUAUUUGACGAAUUAAAAAGUGGAAAAAAAGUGAGAUGUUAUUUAAAGUUCAAUUUAGCAUCUCUGAGCUAAACAUACAGGCGCAGCUAAUUUCAUCACAUAACCCAGCAGGGCGCUAUUUUAAAGGCCAGUCAGUGUUGAGGUAGACUCAGGUCUCCUGGGUUGGCAUGUUGUGACCAGUCUUUUAGCUGUAGGGUUUGGUUUUGGACCACACUGGCAUGGCAUGUUGGAAUUCAGUGAGUAAUUACGAUUGGUAUAUCACAUUUGAAAGCCCUAGUUUGUGUUGACUUUGGUGCCUCAUGUGCACCACAUAGUAAUAUUUGUAUCUGGAUUGAGCAGGGUUGAGUUGAGACGGUUAAAAAGUCCUCACAGGAGCUUUAAAUUGUCUGAACAUCCAUUUUUGUCUUUGGCUCCACUCCAGAACUCGGGGUUCAAUGGGUUUGUGUAAAUUAAGAUGGUAGUUUUUCAUUAAUCCUGCUGACAGGCAGGGAGACAGCAACAAAAACAUGGUCGUCUUGGCUGAGGUAUUAAUAAUUGACCUCUCUGCUGCGUGACUGAUGUGUUUUAUCUUGUUAUAUCACAGGGCAAAAGAAGAGGCUUUGAACAACACACCAAUUGUUAGCAUCAGAAACGAAGUUAAUGCUACUCACUCAUACCAGGAGUCUAAGCUCACAUUUUACCUCAGCAUUUAUUCAGGUAUCCGUGAAUGCACUAUUUACCCCCCACACAUAUUUAAAGCACUCAUGUCUAUUCCUGUCAUGUAAAAUGAAGCAGAAGUGUCUCUGCUGUUUCAGGUCUGACUGCAGCUGCUGUGCUCUUCGGCUUCGCCCGGAGUUUGGUGAUCUUCCACGUGCUGGUGAGAGCGGCUCAGACCCUGCACAACUGCAUGUUCAACGCCAUCAUCCGCACGUCUGUCCGCUUCUUUGACGUCAACCCAAUAGGUGAGUUCAGUCUGAGCCUUUUUGAGUCAUUUAGGAUCUGUGCAGGUUAAUUUUGAUGAUAAACAGGUUUUGUUUUCUGCCUCGUAGGAAGAAUUCUCAACAGGUUUUCCAAAGACAUCAGCCUGAUGGACUCUACAUUACCCAUCACCUUUGUCGACUUCUAUCAAGUAAGACAGAAUUACUGAUGUGGCUCUGGAUUGGUUCAUUCCCUUUCUAUCAAACAGAGUGUCUUCCUUUGGUGCUCCUCUCUCACAUGGGAUCCCUCAGGGCUCCAUAUUCGGUCCCCUUUUAUUCACUGUAUGGGGCAAACCUCCCCCAGGCGUGGUUUCCCUUUAUGCAGAUGACACUCGGCUCUACCUGAGAGUCCUUUUUUAAUUCUAUUUUUGCCAUACAUAUGACACUUCCCAUUGUUUUCCAUUUUGUGUCUUGUAGUUAAUUUUGCAGAAUAUUGGUGUUGUCGUGGUGGCGGCCUCGGUCAUCCCCCUCAUCCUCAUCCCCGUUUUACCUCUGCUCCUCUUCUUCCUCUACCUGAGACGAUACUACCUCAGCACAUCCAGAGAUAUCAAACGUCUGGAGUCUACGAGUAUGUUGCACUAACAGACUAAAGCUGAGUGAUAGAGUUAAAAGAGGAUAAGUUCUCAUCGCCUGUUUGUCAUCUCUGCUGCAGCUCGGAGUCCAGUGUACUCCCACCUGUCCUCGUCUCUUCAGGGUCUGUGGACAAUCCGAGCCCUCAAGGCUGGAGACAGGCUGAAGAAAGCCUUUGACGCACAUCAGGACAGGCACUCAGGUUUUCCUUUACUGUACACAUUUUUAUUAUCAUUUUGAACAUUUUUACGCUCCAUAUUAUUCCUGUCACUCUCAUGCUUUGUAUGGUUGGAUUGCUGCAGCUUUUUUGCGUGAUUUUUAGUGUUAAUUUUCUAAAUGGAGGUGUUUACUUCUCGUGUCAGAGGCCUGGUUUUUGUUCCUGAUGACCUCCCGCUGGUUCGCCCUCCGCCUUGACAGCAUCUGCUCCGUGUUUAUCACUUUUGCAUCGUUUGGUUGCGUCUUUCUCAGAGAUGGUGAGGAUUCAGAGAAGCACACAGAAAAAAAACAUGGAAGUUUAACCAUAUUUAUAAAACAGGCUGAUAUAAAGUCUUAAAAUAAGCUUGUCUUAUGUUAUUUUGUCCUCUCUAGCACACCGUAGUUGAACUGCUGCAUAGUCUUCCUGCUAAGGAGUUAAAACAUGACACUGCGUGAUUGAAUCAAACAUUUCUCUCUUUUUCAAAGCAAAGCAUUCUGGGUAUUUGUGUUUUUAGGGCUGGAUGCUGGUGAAGUGGGCUUAGUGCUGACUUAUGCUGUGACACUAGUGGGGAACUUCCAGUGGACGAUGAGGCAGAGCGCCGAGACGGAGAACAUGGUGAGAACCUCAUCAUAACACGAAAAGAUGUUUACUUUCUUUUAUUGUUAGAUUUUAAGACUGUUUUAUUUAUUUAAGUUUUUAACGCUUUAUCACCUUUAUUAUGUUUUAUUAUGGUUUUAUCAUUUUAGUCCUAGAUCCAGUGUUUCCUCAUCUUUUUUAACUCAAGAUAGCAUUUCCUCAGUCAUCUGUGGCGAGUUGAAGAGUCCUCACCUGCUAUUUUGCAUAUGCAUGUGUGUGUGUGAGUGUGUGAGUGCUCUAUGUGUUGUUGUUUUGUAUUUCUAUUUAUUUUAUUUCUUUGUUUUUAAUAUCCUGCUUGAAUGGAAAGCACUUUGAGCUACACUAUAUGUAUGAAAAGUGCUUUAAAAACAAGUUUGAUUGAUUGAUUGAAGAUUUAUCAACCCUUCCCAGGUCAUAAGAGCAGGAAAAGCUGCUCUGCUCACUCUCGUUUAAAGUGUAGAAAUAUCUCAGAGUAGAUCAGCAUCAAGGUCUAGAUCUGGUCUGCCAGUGGGUGACUUGAGAUGCACCAACUGUUGCCCGUUUCAGAUGACGUCAGUGGAGAGAGUGGUGGAGUACACAGAACUGGAGAGUGAAGCACCCUGGGAAACCCAAAAGAGACCUCCCCCUGAUUGGCCCAGCAAAGGCCUGAUAACAUUCGACAAGGUCAACUUCUCCUACAGCAGCGACGGACCGACAGUCCUCAAAGACAUCAGCGCCACCUUCCAGCCCACUGAGAAGGUGAGACUGCAGAGUCGGAAAACGACGACAGUUCACUUUCUAAACAGUAUACAAACAUUGGGUUUGUUCCUCUCCGGGGUCAGGUGGGGAUUGUGGGUAGGACGGGCGCAGGGAAAAGCUCCCUGGUGUCGGCUCUGUUCAGACUCUCCGAGCCUCAGGGGAAGAUCUACAUCGACGGCAUCUUGACAUCUGAGAUCGGCCUCCAUGACCUUCGCCAGACGAUGUCCAUCAUCCCCCAGGUAAACAUGAACCAACCUCUUUUCGUAGCUGAGAUUUAAAUGGUUGAGAUUUUUCAUAUUUGUCAAUUAAAAAUGUAAAACAAUGAAAAUAUUUGAGUUUUCUUUUAUUUUGAAAAGGUGAGUACUUCCUAUUCCACAACAUUCAGAUUCUCUAAUCUUGCAACGCUCAUUUUUCAAAACGUUUUCCUAUGGUCCAACUCUAGUUUGGGGCAAUUAGGUGUAAAUAUUUGGUAAAAUUGAAUGUUUUCCACUUUUUUUUAAGUUGAUUUCUCCCGUUUCAAAAGCCCAGUGUGGACACGUGUCCGUAUUGGCCCCCUCCCUUUCUUGUUUUUAAUGCCACCACUUCAUGUUGUUUUUAUCAGUUUUUCACAGCGUCCCAACUGUUUUGAAUCAGGGUGUUUAUUCAUUCCUUUGUUUUUCAGGACCCCGUGUUGUUCACCGACACUGUGAGGAAAAACCUUGACCCUUUCGACCAGCAAACCGACGACGACCUGUGGAGAGCUCUGGAGGAGGCAAGUGUCCGUCCUGUGAGUUUAUAACACACACUCAGGUGCAGGUCUCCCCCUGACCGGUCUCUUUACUCCCUGCAGGUGCAGCUGAAGUCCAUGGUGGAGGAGCUGCCCACUAGGCUAGAGACGGUCCUGGCUGAGUCGGGGUCUAACUUCAGCGUGGGUCAGAGACAGCUGGUGUGUUUGGCCAGAGCCAUCCUGAGGAAAAACCGCAUCCUCAUCAUCGACGAGGCCACGGCGAAUGUGGACCCGAGGUUAAUAUGACAGCAAACCUAGAUACUUUUUGACUUUACCAGAGAUUUCUUUUAAAUUUUGUCACCACUGUCUCUGCAGGACGGAUGAGCUGAUCCAGAAAACCAUACGAGAGAAGUUCAGAGACUGUACGGUGCUGACAAUCGCUCAUCGACUCAACACUAUCAUAGACAACGACAGGAUAUUGGUGAGGCUGUCCUUCAUUUUGGCUCAAUCGACGUUAUGAGACAUUUAACACUGUUGUGCUGAUUUCUACAGAGUCCUGAAUGUUUUUCUUCUUCUUAGGUGCUGGACAACGGUACCAUCCAGGAGUUAGACAGUCCCUUUAAGCUGCUGCAAAACAAAGAAGGUGCUCUUUACAAGUUGGUGCAACAAACAGGUGCAGCUGAGGCUGCAGCUCUGCUGGAGUCAGCCCGAAAGGUAAGGAGUGAAAGUUCUCACUUCUGGGGAGCUGCUGUGCCACCCUUGUUUUUAUACAGUCUAUGGAUGAUGGAGUCAAAAGCACUGACUGCAUCCGUCUUUUCUAUUUUCAAAGGGAUCACAGCAGUCCCAGGACCAGGACAGGGAUGUGAAAGCUGCUUUUCUUCCAGAUGUAAGUAGCAUCUGAGAACCACUGCGCUAACCGAACACUCAUGAACAAGAAGAUGAUUGACAAAGGAAAGGCUGUAGAGUUCAGACCACCAGCCAAAAUCACU